AUGCCCGCACCAGCUGAGGUCCAGGCGGCAACGCUUGAUGAAUUCAUCAAGGGGUGGGAGGGAUGGACGCCUAGGGGUUUCCUGGAUACUUGGUCCAAUUCAUGUACGCAGAAGACGCUGCCCUUCAGCGCGAAUGUCCCGACCCGGACCAAAGACCACACGGAACAUCUCUUCCCCAUUCUCAUGUCACUUUUGACAGACUUCCAGCUUACAGUCCAUAAUGUCGUUCACGACGUGGCGAAUGGGAAAGCGGCCAUAUAUGCCUUUACUAAAGCAAACACCCCCGUUGGGCCCUACCAGAAUGAACAUGCCUUAUUCUUAUGGUUUAACGAAGACGGAAAGAAGGUGGAGAAGAUCGAAGAGAUGUUCGAUGGAGUUUUCAUGAAGGACUUCAUGCCGAAGCUAGAGAAACACAUAGCUGAACAUGAGGCCAAGGCACAAAGUCAAUUGGCGUGA